UGUCUGUAGGUUCUAAAUUGCUUAUGAGCUUGGCUGCCCUUCAGAAAGUAGCUGAUUCUUGUACUCUACAGCUGUAUUUUCCUACAGUUAAUAAUAAUACUAGCAACAAAACAGAUUUCAUUCCUUAAAAUGAUAUUGCCAGAUGGAAGAAAAUAAUAAGAGCCUUGUCCCAGUCUCUAGACCUGCCUGUCUGUGUGAUGGAUGACCACCUGACCUCUGAAGCUGUCAAUGAGAUGGAGCAGAGCAAUUCUACCAGGAGCAGAGCAACCUCAGUGAUGGAAACCACAGAAGAGGGGAAGCUCAACAAUGUGGAACAUCUGACACUUAUGGACUUCCUUCAAAACCUAACUGAGAAGCAAUGGAGGGGGAUUCGUGAGGGCAUGUUUGACCCGCUGACAAAACAACAGCUUGCCGGCUUGUGUCUGAGGAUUGUCCAGUUUUUAUCGGACAAGCUGAUGCAGAUCAUCAUCCCAGGUCUUUACGAACUACUGGGCAUCCAAGAUGCUGCCUCCUCUCCAUUGUCACAGAGAUCUCUCACAGCGUCACUCACCAGUCUGUUAGACGAUAAGACUAACACCAAGUCCCGCGUGAGAUUUACUGAGGCUGGUGUACCUAAGAGGCCAGGCAGUCGAAAGCUUUACAAUAGCUUUCGCAUCCCGACUCCCUACCCUUCCUCCAACUGUAUGGAGCAGGAAGAGGAAGAAGAGCAGGAAUCACAACUUAAGUUCAAGGAGAUUUACCUGACUAAGGGCAGUGGAAGCUACCUGCCCAAGGGGGCCAUGAGGUAUGUUCUUAAAGGGAAAUUUAACAACUUCAUAUUCAUCUCCAGCAUCACCAUAUGUGAAAAUUACACAUUUCCGUGCUUUGUAGUAAAAAAAAUAUAG